AUGACCAUGGACGGACCCAAGAGGCCUGGCGAGGACAAGCACCUCGAAAGUCGUGACCGCCCCCGGGCCAAGCGGCGGAAAACCAGCUACGAUGGCGGCGAGGUUGCCAUCUACGAUGAGGAGCGUGUUGAGCAAGUUAACAUAUCCAAUACCGACGACGACAGCGACAACGAUAGUGUCGGUUUGCCCUCGCUGGACCUCUUUCAGUGGCCGGCCGGGGAACACGACCCGUUACUCCCUAUUCCCGACAUGCCCCUCCAACCCUCGUCUCCCUCCUCCCACGACUCGGGCUCGGACUCCGAGUACAGCUCGGACUCUUCCUCCUCCUCCUCCUCCUCUUCUCCCGCCCUUCCUUUCGAGGGGGCUGUUUCUCCCCCGUUCCCAUGGGGGUCUCCCGCUCCGUUCCUUCCGGCCACUUUUUUCCCUCUUCCCCCGCUCCCCGGGCAGGACCAAAAUGAGCCCGGGCAGCAGUUCAACCAGCAGCAGGGCAUAGCUGCACAGCCACACCCCGAGCCAGCCCCGGUACCUCAUCAUGAUGAACAUCAUGAGACACAGGUCGUCAACGGCCUCCCCACGCCAGUCCUCGUGCCCCAUCAUCAUGAGCACCACGAGGCACAAAUCGUCAUGGGGCUGCUCACUCCAGCGCCUGAGGCCGAGCUGGCGCUGCACUUACCAGCUCUCCCAAAUGAUGGGUUUGCUUUGCCUCCGCCUGCGCUGGGGCCUCCGCCUGCGCCGGGGCCGGGGCCGGGGCCGGGGCCGGGGCCGGAGAUGGACAUGCUGCCAAUUCUUCAUGCCCUUUUACAGUUGUUUCUGACUACAUAUCUCGCCAGCAUGGUAUGA